AUGAUGGUCACUUGUCUGCUCCUCUCCAGCGCCUGGACCGUUGCAUCAGGCUUUGUGCAGGUAAUGAACAGCAAGGUCCAGUCUGUCCAGGCAGGAGGAAACGUUAAUUUUUCAUGCCAGUUGGUCACAAAAGAAGAUGUGCUACAGGUGACCUGGCAGAAAGAGACGGACGGGGCUGAAGACAACAUAGCGACUUACAGUACAAUGAAUGGCCAAAAGAUAGCAAAGGACUAUGUCGGCCACGUGAGCUUUGCCCACAGUGAGUUAGAAGUCUCAGCCAUCUCCCUCCAUGGAGUUACCCUCCAAGAUGAAGGGUGCUACAAGUGCAUCUUCAACACGUUUCCCUCGGGGGCUGUCAGUGGCAGGAUGUGUCUCAAGGUUUACGCCAUCUUGAACCCCAAAGUGGAGGCUAAGCUUAUACCCAGCCCAGGCAAAGCUGAGGACUCUGAGAAAGUGGUAGGGAUGAGUUGCUCAGCAACAGGGAAGCCAGCUCCAAAAAUCACCUGGCGCCUUCCCAGCAUCCUGCAGUGGAAACCGAGGGAGUACCACGUCAGGCUCAGCAAUCAGACCGUGACUGUCAUCAGCAAUUUCACCCACGCCCACUCCAAAAUCCUCCAGGAGUACCCUAUCGCCUGUCUGAUCCAACACCCAUCUCUAAACCUGACCCUGGUCCUGCCCACGGACAGCCUGGCACAGGGUCCGGACAGCAGGGCAGCACCGGCCAUUGCCAUUGCGGUGGGGGUCCUGGUCCCCCUGAUUUCCCUCCUCCUCCUCGCCUGCCUCCUCCGCCGUUGCCUCAGGAGCCUAUGUGACCCAGAGAGAAACCCAGCCCAGCCAUGCUGGGUCCUGCCUGCCUGUACCAAGGCCAAGAAGUGCGGGCAGUACGGAGCUGCGGGCAGGUGGGAUCCUGGAGUGUCCCCUCAGCCACAGCACAUUGCUCAGCACCCAAGCAGCUGCCCAUCCUACACGUGCGAGAGAGAAACUUCUCACAACGGCACCUUGAGCUUCCAAACAAACCUGCUGUGA